CUUGGUUCUUUGGUUAAUGUUGCAUUUGGUGGCAACUUCUACCAGGACUUCGACAUAACAUGGGGUGAUCACCGAGCCAACAUAUUCGAUGGAGGUCAGCUCCUCUCUCUCUCGCUUGAUAAAAUCUCUGGUUCGGGAUUUAAAUCAAAGAAAGAGUAUUUGUUCGGGAGGAUUGAUAUGCAGCUCAAGCUUGUUGCUGGCAACUCCGCUGGGACUGUCACUGCAUACUACUUUGAUAGCAACUUCAGGGUCAAAACUGACAUUCUUGUCAUGGUCUACGCUUCCGUCUACGUAAAAUCAGCCAGCGAAAAUUUUUCCUUCACGUAA